AUGUCGAGCAUCAUCGAAGACGGCUUCUCCUCCGACCGCCUCUUCAACCAGGGCUACUCCUACACUUACGACGACGUCAUCUUCCUCCCUCACUACAUCGACUUCGCCACCGACGACGUCCACCUUGCCACCAGCCUCAGCCGCCGCAUCCCCCUCUCCAUCCCCUGCGUCUCCCCCAUGGACACCGUCAUCGAGUCCCACAUGGCCGUCUCCAUGGCCGCCCUCGGCGGCAUCGGCGUCAUCCACUCCAACGCCGCCACCUCCGACCAGGCCGCCAUGGUCAGAUCCAUCAAGGCCCGCCGCGUCCCCCUCCUCUCCAACCCCGUCUUCAAGUCCCCCCACGACCGCAUCGAAAACGACGACGUCUUCGACCACGGCGCCAAUCCCUACGUCCUCGUCACCGCCUCCGGCGCCGCCAACUCCAAUCUCCUCGGCUAUGUGGCGAGCGGCGAUUGGGCGAACCUCGCGGACAAGGAGGUCAAGAUUCAAGGCUACAUGGUCAGCCGAACCGACCUGGUUCUUCCCUGGAGCUCCGAUUUAGUCAAAAUAGCUGAUCUCAUGGCGGAGAAGGCGGCGAGGGAGGGGGAUAAGGAGAGGCUGGAGGAGUUGGUGAAGGCUGGGAUUGAUGUAGUGGCGUUGGAUAGCUCACAAGGGAACUCCAAGUAUCAAAUUGAUAUGAUCAAGUACAUUAAGGGAAAGUACUCUGAUUUGGAUGUGGUUGGUGGCAAUGUGGUGACUGUGAGCCAGGCCCAGAAUUUGAUUCAGGCCGGCGUCGAUGGGUUGAGGGUUGGGAUGGGAUCUGGCUCCAUUUGUACUACUCAAGAGGCCUGCGCCGUUGGAAGGCUUGCAACUGCGGUGUGCAAGGUUGCGUCUGUUGCUUCACAGAGUGGUGUGCCUAUCAUUGCUGAUAGUGGGAUUUCAAAUUCUGGACACAUUGUUAAGGCUUUGACACUGGGGGCUUCGACUGUCAUGAUGGGGAGCUUCUUAGCAGGAAGCACUGAGGCUCCUGGGGCUUUUGAGUAUCAGAAUGGUCGCCGGAUCAAAAAAUACCGAGGCAUGGGCUCUCUUGAAGCGAUGACAAAAAGUGACCAGAGGUAUCUGGGAGAUACUUCGAAGCUGAAGAUUGCACAGGGUGUGGUUGGUGCAGUUGUGGACAAAGGUUCUUUAUUGAAGUUUGUACCAUAUACAAUGCAAGCAAUGAAACAAGGUUUCCAUGAUCUUGGCGCUUCUUCUCUGCAGUCCCCUCAUGACCUCUUAAGAUCAGGGGUCUUAAGGCUAGAGGUGAGAACAGGAGCUGCACAAGUGGAAGGUGGAGUUCAUGGGUUGGUUUCUUACGAGAAGAAAUCAUUUUGAUGGCUGUCUCUCUUGAGCCUUUAUUAUUGAUGCUAACAUGAUUCGAUUCUGCAACCUAAACCUUUGGCGUGAGGAACAAGGAUCAAACCUGCCAAACUGGUAGAACUUUUGCAAGAGCCUCUGGCUUCCUAUUGAUCCGGAGGGGCUUUCACCGACUUGUGUUUGUUUGACUCUGCACCAAGUGGGAUGUAGAAUUAGUGUGAUUUCCCUAACUGACAUUCAGGGUCUAAUUUAUGCUUGGUGGAGUUGAACAACUGUUUAUUAGAAAUUACAGUAUCGAGUUAUGAACGAUACUAAUGUACGAUUACGUCGAUAAACAUCUGGUAUAAGGGUUUCUUGGCUGAGGGUUUGCUAUUUGCUAGGGGUUUUUGAUCUAUGUACCUGUUUUCAGUGUUUACUUCUUAGGUUUUU